UGGAGCUGACGUGUAGAUUGGCCGACAGUGGGCACGCGGACCGGCCGCUGCCUCUGGGCCGGUGCUACACUGCACUGUCCCGUCCUACGGGUGUCCUGGGCCGAUGCUGUUCAGACGCACACUACUCUGUCCAACGGAUGUCGGCACGAGGUGCCGUGCCCCCGCUGGGCGCCAUGUGCGGGUCGCUGGCCGUGGCGCCGGCGCUGCAGCACCUGGGCCGCAAGCGCUCGCUGAUGCUGGCCGCGCCCAUCUUCGUCAUGGGCUGGACCGUCAUCGCCUUCGCCACCUCCUCGGCCGUGCUCAUAUGCGCGCGCAUCACCUGCGGCUUCUGCGCCGGCCUCGUCACCCCAUCCGCGCAGGUGUAUGUGAGCGAGUGCGCGCACGCCAAGACGCGCGGUAUGCUGGGCUCGCUGCCGGCGCUCUUCAUGGCGGGCGGCGUGCUCAUCUCGUACAUCCUGGGCACGUGGCUCACCUGGCACCACCUGGCGCUCGCGUCCGCGCUCUUCCCCGCCCUCAUGUUCCUCUGCCUGCUGCCGCUGCCCGAGUCACCCGCCUGGCUGCUGUCGCACGGCCGCGUGGACGAGGCCAAGGAGGCGCUGCGCUGGCUCAAGCGCACGGCAGACGUGGCCGCCAUCGAACUCAACGUCGUGCAGAAGGCCGACGGCAAAGUCGCACCCUCCACUGUGGCAGGUGGCCAGGGCGAGCGUGAGCGCCGCCUGUCGGAGCUCACCGAGCGCUCCCCGCGGACGCCGCGCUCCGCGGCGCCCUCCACGGACGACGAGCUCGACACGCACGCCGAUGAGGAGAUCGCGGACAUCGCCGCGGACGAGAGGAGGCGCUCCAUCGUCAUGAAGAGGCCCACGGAGGGCGACCUCUCCCUCAAGUCUUUCCUGCGCCGGCCGGUGCUGUAUCCCUUCGGCCUGUGCCUCGCUCUGCUGGGUUUCCAGCAGGUGAGCGGCAUCGACACGGUCAUCUUCUACACCAUCGAGAUCUUCAUGGCGGCCGGCGGCUCCAUCAACGAGUACUUUGCGACGAUCCUAAUCGGCGUGGUGCAGCUGGUCUGCACCAUGCUGUCGGUGCUGGUGAUCGACAAGACGGGGCGGCGGCCGCUGCUGCUCGUCUCGGGCGCCACCACGGCGCUGGCCAUGGCCCUGGUGGGCGCCUACUUCCACCUGCACGAGCGCGGCCGCGCGGAGGGGCUGGGCCUGCUGCCCGUCGGCUCGCUAGUGCUCUUCAUGGUUGGCUUCUCGCUGGGCUACGCCAACAUCCCCUUCCUGCUGAUGGGCGAGCUGCUGCCCGUGCGCCAGCGCAGCGUCCUCAGCUCGCUCGCCGGCUCCUUCAACCUGGGCACCAUGUUCCUCGUCAUCAAGACGUACCCGCAGCUCCGGCACGCCAUGGGCACGGACGGCACCUUCUGGCUGUACUCCGCGCUCUGCCUCGCGUCCUGCCUGUUCGUCGCUCUGCUGCUGCCCGAGACCAAGGGCAAGACGCUGGACGAGAUCGAGCACUACUUUGAGGGCAAGCACCAGCUCGCCAAGGAGAAGCGCAAGGCCAAGCUCGCCGCGGCCAACAGCGUCAUCAACAAGGUGUAAGAAAGGGUUCGAGAUCCACCCACAUAGAAUAGAGGUCAGGGGGAUGUCGCAGGAGUUAUUGAGACUGUGAUAGUUCACAUCAAAUUGAAAUACGCUUGAACCUCGUAUGUAGUAGGUGGACUUCUAUGAACUUCGAUCGAAGUUCACGAACAUUGAUCACAAGUUAAUGAAUUUCGACUCUAAAACAUGAUAUUCGACAGAAGUUCAUGUGCCUGAACUAAAGUGCAGUGUGUACAUUUUUCAAGCCAUUUUCCUCUUGGAUGAGACAUGAUAAGGUAAAUGCAAAUCUCAGCCCCCCCUUUUUUGCCGUAGCCCUUUAUCUCCUGCCUCCCCUUGUGGGCAAAAACGAACGCAUCAUACCAUGUCGUUGAAUUGUGCUAUUAAGUAUUUGAUACUCCUGCUCAACAAUACCCACAUGAGCUUUACAAAAAAGAGAGAGAAAAGUAACCUGUGAUUGACCACGACCAGUACUGCUGAAACUUAACUGGCAGGUGAGAAACGAAAUGUCACAUGCCAUAAUGUCACGGUCACGAUCUGUUUUCUUAAAAAAUAUAGUACCUGAAAUGCAA